AUGGCCACGUCUGAACCGAGAGCCAGCGGCGGGGACCAGGACCCCAACUCAGCCAAUUUAAGACCUCCGUCCGCAACCUACGAAUAUGCGUGGAUGCACGGAUGCACACGGAAACUGGGGAUGAAGAUUUGUGGGUUCCUGCAGAAGAACAACAGUCUGGAGGAGAAGGGGAGGCUCGCGGGCCAGAAGAACCUGCUCUCGUGCGACAACAGCGACAGGGACGCGCGCUUCCGCCGCACCGAGACCGACUUCUCCAACCUGUUCGCCAGAGACUUGCUGCCAGCCAAAAAUGGAGAAGAACCGACCAUGCAGUUUUUGCUGGAGGUGGUCGACAUCCUCACUAACUACGUCAAGAAGACCUUUGAUCGCUCCACCAAGGUGCUGGAUUUCCACCACCCUCACCAGCUGCUGGAGGGCAUGGAGGGCUUCAACCUGGAGCUGUCUGACCAGCCCGAGUCUCUGGAGCAGAUCCUGGUGGACUGCAGGGACACGCUCAAAUAUGGCGUCCGGACAGGUCACCCACGCUUCUUUAACCAGCUGUCUUCUGGUCUGGACAUCAUCGGUCUGGCUGGAGAGUGGCUCACCUCCACUGCUAACACCAACAUGUUCACCUAUGAGAUCGCUCCAGUGUUUGUGUUGAUGGAGCAGCUGACCCUGAAGAAAAUGAGAGAGAUGAUUGGCUGGCCUGACGGAGAGGGAGAUGGUCUCUUUUCACCAGGCGGCGCUAUCUCCAACAUGUACAGUGUGAUGAUUGCACGUUACAAGUAUUUCCCUGAGGUUAAGACCAAGGGCAUGUCUGCUGCUCCCCGCCUCGUCCUUUUCACAUCCGAACAUAGCCACUACUCCAUAAAGAAGGCUGGAGCUGCUCUGGGCUUUGGUUCUGAAAAUGUGGUUCUGCUAAGCACAGAUGAGAGGGGGAGAGUAAUUCCUGCAGAUCUGGAGGCCAAGAUCAUUGAAACUAAACAGAAGGGUUACGUGCCGUUGUUUGUGAACGCCACAGGAGGCUCAACUGUCUACGGUGCAUUCGACCCCAUCAAUGAGAUUGCCGACAUCUGUGAGAAGUACAACUUGUGGCUUCACGUUGAUGGAGCAUGGGGUGGUGGACUGCUGAUGUCCAGGAAGCAUCGCCAUAAGCUUAAUGGCAUCGAGAGGGCCAACUCAGUCACAUGGAACCCUCACAAGAUGAUGGGUGUGCCUCUACAGUGCUCUGCAAUCCUGGUCAGAGAGAAGGGAAUCAUGGCAGGAUGUAACUCCAUGUGUGCCGGCUACCUCUUCCAACCAGACAAACAGUACGAUGUCACCUACGACACUGGGGACAAAGCCAUCCAGUGUGGCCGUCACGUCGACAUCUUUAAGUUCUGGCUCAUGUGGAAGGCCAAGGGCACCAUCGGGUUUGAGCAGCACAUUGACAAGUGCUUGGAUCUGUCCCAGUACCUGUACAACAAGAUCAAGAACAGGGAGGGAUACGAGAUGGUGUUUAAUGGAGUGCCCCAGCACACCAACGUUUGCUUCUGGUACAUCCCACCCAGCCUGAGAGGCAUGCCAGAUGGUGAUGAGCGGAGAGAAAAACUGCACAGGGUGGCGCCAAAGAUCAAGGCCAUGAUGAUGGAGUCAGGCACCACCAUGGUGGGCUACCAGCCUCAGGGUAACAAAGUCAACUUCUUCCGCAUGGUCGUCUCCAACCCUGCAGCCACCCAGUCUGACAUCGACUUCCUCAUUGAUGAGAUUGAGAGGCUGGGUAACGACCUGUAG